AUGGAAAGACCACAUGGGCUUCUUAUCCUGCGCACCUCCUCCGCCUUCUUCUCCAACAGGCUUAGGACUGCCGCUUUCGAACACCCUAUGGACUCCGAUCGCCAUAUCAAGAACUCGUAUAACUAUUCGAAUCUCUUCAAUCUUGAGUCUCUGACGAAAUUUCAACUACCUCAAGGUGAUGAGUUUGAUUAUUAUGCCAAUAGUAGUCAGGGUGAGAGCAGAGGUAGCCGAGGUGGACCAAUGACUGACAGAAGUAACGGAAUGAUGUUGGAAAAGAGAAAGAGGCGAAACACAUACAGCAGUGAUGAAGACCAUGAAGGCAGUUAUGACACAUACUUCUCUGAAGAGCAAUAUAGGGCAAUGCUUGGAGAGCAUGUUCAUAAGUACAAAAGAAGGCAUAAAAGCAAUAACUUGCCAGCUUCUGCUUCCACCCGAAAUGGAAUGUCUGGCAUGGAGAUUAUUAGUCAUGGAUCAAAGGACCAUAAAUCAGUGAAUGGGCGCUCAAGAGGGGGACACAAAGAAGCAGGUUUUGCUGCAGAAUAUAGCAUGGAGAGGUCAUUUUCUGAACCUGGUUAUUUGGAUAUUGGGGAUGGAAUCACUUACAAGAUUCCUCCAACAUAUGAAACAUUGGCUACCUCAUUAAACUUGCCUAGAACUUCAGAGAUUCGAGUGGAGGAGUUUUAUCUCACAGGUACCCUUGAUUUGGGGUCCUUAGCUUCAAUGAUGUCUGCAGACAAAAGACUUGGCCCCAAAAGUGGAGCAGGGAUGGGUGAGCCUAGGUCUCAAUAUGAGUCUCUUUGGGCAAGAUUAAGUUCCCAAACUUUAAACAACUCCCCUCUGAAGUUCAGUCUUAAAGUAAGUGAUGCUGCAUUGGAUUCAUAUUCUGCUCCUGAGGGAGCAGCUGGUGGUUUUAGGCGUUCUAUCAUGUCAGAAAGUGGAGUGCUACAGGUGCAUUAUGUGAAGGUCUUGGAGAAAGGUGACACAUAUGAGAUUAUUGAACGUAGUCUACCCAAGAAACAAAAGGAGAAGAAAGAUCCAUCUAUGAUUGAGAAAGAGGAGAUGGAUAGAGUUGAUAAAUAUUGGGUGAACAUGGUCAGAAAAGAGAUACCAAAACAUCAUAGGUUUUUCAUCAACUUUCAUAGAAAGCAAUUAACCGAUGCAAAGAGGUUUUCUGAGACAUGUCAAAGAGAGGUAAAAAUGAAAGUGAGUAGAUCACUUAAGUUGAUGAGGGGUGCUUCGAUUCGCACAAGGAAACUUGCUAGGGAUAUGUUGGUGUUUUGGAAGAGAGUGGAUAAAGAAAUGGCUGAGGUGAGGAAAAGAGAAGAAAAAGAAGCUGCUGAAGCAUUGAAACGUGAACAGGAGCUUCGUGAAGCCAAAAGGCAACAACAGAGGCUAGAUUUCUUGUUAUCCCAAACAGAACUCUAUGGUCACUUCAUGCAAAACAAGCCAACUUCUCAGCCACCUACUGAAGGGGACAAAGUUAAUGAAUCAGAAGUUGGUGAAAAAGAAGAAGAUCCUGAAGAGGCUGAGAUGAAAAUAGAAGCCUUGAAAGCAGCUCAAGAUGCAGUCUCCAAACAGAAAAUGAUCACAAGUGCAUUCGAUGAUGAAAUUUUGAAGUUGCGUCAAGCUUCAGGCACUCAGGACCCUGAACAACAAGAUUCAGUUGCUGGAUCUAGCAACAUAGAUUUGUUGCAUCCAUCAACUAUGCCAGUAGCAUCAUCAGUACAAACACCAGAGUUGUUUAAAGGUUCUUUAAAAGAGUAUCAACUUAAAGGUCUCCAAUGGCUUGUGAAUUGUUAUGAGCAGGGUCUGAAUGGUAUUCUUGCUGAUGAGAUGGGACUUGGAAAGACCAUCCAAGCAAUGGCGUUCUUGGCUCAUUUGGCUGAAGAGAAGAACAUAUGGGGGCCAUUUCUGGUUGUUGCUCCUACUUCUGUCUUGAACAACUGGGCUGAUGAAAUUGGACGAUUUUGCCCUGACUUAAAAACACUUCCUUAUUGGGGAGGUAUUCAAGAAAGAACAGUACUUAGGAAAAACAUCAAUCCAAAGCGUCUUUAUCGUAGGGAUGCUGGAUUUCACAUUCUCAUUACAAGCUACCAACUUCUAGUAUCAGAUGAGAAGUAUUUCAGGCGUGUGAAGUGGCAAUACAUGGUAUUGGAUGAAGCUCAGGCUAUCAAAAGUGCAACCAGUAUAAGAUGGAAGACACUACUCAGUUUUAAUUGUCGGAAUCGUCUGCUUCUAACUGGAACACCUAUUCAGAACAACAUGGCUGAGUUGUGGGCCCUUCUUCAUUUCAUCAUGCCUACUUUAUUUGAUAGCCAUGAACAAUUUAACGAGUGGUUUUCUAAAGGUAUUGAAAACCAUGCAGAACAUGGUGGGACUUUAAAUGAGCACCAACUUAGCAGAUUGCAUGCAAUUUUGAAGCCUUUUAUGUUGCGGCGAGUUAAGAAGGAUGUGGUGUCCGAGUUGACUCGGAAGACUGAAGUUACAGUCCAUUGCAAACUGAGUUCACGACAACAAGCUUUUUACCAAGCUAUAAAGAACAAGAUAUCACUUGCUGAGUUGUUUGAUAGUAAUCGUGGACAACUCAAUGAGAAAAAGUUCAUGAACUUAAUGAACAUUGUCAUACAAUUGAGAAAGGUUUGCAAUCAUCCUGAAUUAUUUGAGAGAAAUGAAGGAAGUUCAUAUCUUUAUUUUGGAGAUAUCCCAAAUCAACUUCUUCCACCUCCAUUUGGUGAACUGGAGGACAUUUACUAUGCUGGUAGUAAGAAUCCUAUUACAUACAAGGUACCAAAAUUAAUAUACCAAGAAGUGGUGCGAAAUUCAGAUAUCUUUUUAUUAAGAGGCAAGCAUGGGAUCAAUAGAGAAUCUUUUGAGAAGUAUUUCAACAUAUUCUCUCCGCUACACAUUCACCAAUCCAUAUUUGAGCAACAAGACGAAAAUGCCCCUUGUAACGGAUCAUUUGGGUUCACUCGAUUGAUUGACAUGUCACCAUCAGAAACGGCUUUCAUAGCAAAUGCUACUUUGAUGGAGAGGCUAUUGUUUUCUAUCGCAAGAUGGGAUUGGUGCUUUUCAGAUGAGAUAAUGGCUGAUGAUGAUGAUAUUGAGUACAAUAGUAUUGAAAAGGGAAAAGUAAGGGCAGUUACAAGAAUGCUAUUAAUGCCAUCAAAGUCAGAAAAAAAUGUUCUUAAGAGAAGACUUGCAACGGGACCCACAGAUGAUCCUUUUGAGGCGUUGAUAAGGGCACCUCCUAUUGAUGCGGAGUGUCCAGAUAGGGAUUUUGCUUACAGAAAAGGUGAGGAAUUACAUAAUCCUUGGAUUAAGAGGGUGUUGCUUGGAUUUGCGAGAACGUCUGAAUCAAAUGGACCUAAUAAGCCAAAUGAUGGUGCUAUUCACCAUUUGAUACAAGAAAUCGACAGUGAACUACCUGUUGUACAGCCUGCUCUUGAGCUCACUCACAAGAUCUUUGGUUCUUGUCCACCCAUGCAAAGUUUUGAUCCAGCCAAGAUGCUCACAGACUCAGGGAAGCUUCAAACACUUGAUAUACUGUUGAAGCGGUUGCGCGCAGGAAAUCAUCGUGUUCUCCUGUUUGCUCAAAUGACCAAGAUGUUGAAUAUCAUCGAGGACUACAUGAACUACAGGAAGUACAGAUAUUUAAGGCUUGAUGGAUCCUCUACCAUAAUGGACCGUCGGGACAUGGUCAAAGACUUCCAGCUACGGAAUGAUAUCUUUGUAUUCUUGCUGAGUACAAGAGCUGGUGGGGUGGGGAUCAAUCUGACAGCAGCUGACACAGUCAUUUUUUAUGAAAGUGAUUGGAAUCCAACCCUUGAUUUACAAGCCAUGGACAGGGCUCAUCGCUUGGGUCAAACCAAAGAUGUUACGGUGUACAGGUUGAUAUGCAAAGAAACGGUUGAAGAAAAGAUUUUGCACAGAGCGAGCCAGAAAAGUACAGUUCAGCAACUUGUGAUGACUGGUGGUCACAUACAGGGUGACAUUUUAGCCCCUGAAGAUGUUAUUUCCUUACUCAUCGAUGAUGCACAAAUGGAGCAGAAGCUUAAAGAAAUUCCAGCUCAGGUUAAAGAUCGACAAAGGAGAAAGGGUGGGACGAAAGCGAUACGGAUAGAUGAAGAAGGUGAUGCACGCCUGGAAGACAUUACGGAUCCUGAACCUCCAUCGGAUCCGUUCAACACCUCCUCUCCUUCUGAGAAACCAAGCUCCUCUAAAAAGAGAAAAGGGAAUACAGAGAAAGGGCCUGCAAAAGCAAGGGGGGCUCAAAAAGGUUCUAAAAACCCAAAUUCAACAACGGAGGACGUUCAACGCCAGAAACCCAAGAGACCAACAAAGAGUGUAAAUGAGAAUCUUGAACCCGCAUUUACAGCUGUGUCUCAAGAUUAGAAAAAUUCCAUUCCAUAUUUAUAUAAAUGCAAAUGCACCGCUCCUUUUUAAAGCUCCAGAAUAUAAGGUAUAAAAAUUAAAAACAAACAUCAAUCUCCAGUCAUGUCACAAAAACAACAUAACUAACAAAUUUGUCCAUUGGAUCAAGACUCUGUGUCCCACUUACAUCUCUCACUCCAACGCCGGUUUGUAUCAAUCUUUUGCGUAUCAUACAAUUGGCACAGAUUUUGAAAAUAAUCUCUAACUUUUUCUGCCCACAAAAUUAUAAGAUACGCUUGUACAGGU